AGGAAGGUUGUGUUGUCAACAACAGAACGUGGGAAAAUUGUCAAAUAAAAGACGAGCAUUUUGGUGGUGUAAACUGACAUCAAUUCUAAGUGAUUUUGGCUUGUUGACACAGAGGGGACCAUGGGGAACACUAACACCGGUAUGGGUACGGGACACAGGCGGGACAGCCGUGCCAAGGAGGGCGACAGGCCUAAAAUCCUCAUGGACAGUCCAGAGGAUGCUGAUAUGUUCCAUGGAGAGGACAUCAAGGCUCCACUAGAGAAAGAGGAGUACCUUGCAUGGCGGCAGGACCUGGAGGCUGAUAAAGGGCCCACACUGGACCGCCCCACUGUGUUCCGCUGGACUGGAAGCGGAAAGGAGGUCUUUCUGUCCGGUUCCUUCAACAACUGGGCCAACAAGAUUCCCCUAACCAGGAGUCAGAACAACUUUGUGGCAAUUGUGGAUCUGCCUGAAGGGGAGCAUCAGUAUAAGUUCUAUGUGGACGGCACGUGGACCCAUGACCCAAUUGAGCCUGUUGUAACCAACCAGCUAGGCACAGUCAACAAUGUCAUCCAAGUGAAGAAGACUGACUUUGAGGUGUUUGAUGCACUUAUGGUGGACUCACAGAAAUGCUCUGAUAUGUCAGGUCAGUGUCAAGACCUGUCUAGCUCUCCUCCCGGACCGUACCAUCAGGACCCUUACAUACCCAAGCAGGAAGAAAAGUUCAAGUCUCCGCCCAUUCUCCCACCUCACUUGCUACAGGUCAUCCUAAACAAGGACACAGGAAUCUCUUGUGACCCUGCAUUGCUCCCAGAACCCAAUCAUGUCAUGCUCAAUCACCUCUACGCCUUGUCCAUCAAGGAUGGUGUGAUGGUGCUUAGUGCGACUCAUCGCUACAAGAAGAAGUAUGUCACCACCCUGCUGUAUAAGCCGAUCUGACCAGAGGUCUAUGGCGUCUCUGCCUUUGCACCACAGACACCACAGCUUCUCACAGCACAGCCUCCAGCAUUACACCUGUACAUAUCUCAGUUUAGA